AGAAUCCUAGGGAAACUGGAGAUCCUCUGGUCAACCCCCUAAUUUUUGGAUGAAGACAUUGAAGCUCUGAGAGGGGAGCUCGUCUCCCAAGUCCUACCUUUUCUUCUACUGACAGUGGGCCCGGGAUCCUUGCUAAGCCCCUUUGGCAGCCCCGGGCUGCAAGCUGGCCAGGUGGUCCCAUGGGGAGCCCUGUCUCUGGGAGAGGGCAGGAGUACCCGGCUGCAUCCCAAGAGCACAGCCCUCCGUGCUCUCCCUGGGGAGAUGCCCCCUCCCUCUAGUGGUGCGUUUUGCAAAGUGGACAUCACAAGUCACGCUCCCACAGAUGCCCAGGAAGCCGAGGCGGGGCUGGGAGCUGGAAGGGGGUAGGCUCAUUGGUGCCGUGGAGCCCCUUGGGCAGCAGAACCUCCCGGGAUAACUGGUCAUGGUCCUGGCUCUACCACUCACUGUGUCGCCUCAGGCAAAUCACCCAACACCUUCUUCCCGCCACAGCUUCCACAUCAGCCAAACGAAGGUGCCGCAUUUCUUCCCUGCCUUGCCCACAGAGUGCUGUCCAGCUGCCGUGAAGCCCCGGAUGUGGUUGUUGCCGCAGGAGAGCCGUUCAGGACUGAGCCUGGAUCUGGGGCAUGGGCCACGGGGGGUGUGGCAGGAGCCCAGGGCUGGGAGUCAGGAGCCCUGGGUUCUGGGCCCAGCUCUGCACUGGCUCCCCCGGGCCGUGCUCAGACGUGGCUCCUCCUCAGGCAGCAAGGACUGGAUGGGCUCCUGCCACCUGCCAGGCCCUUGGCUGGGUGCUGGGGACACAGAAGGGAAGAAGACAGGCGGGGCCUCUGCCCUGGGAGCCACACCCGGUGGGGAGGGGCAGACAGUAAACUUAUUACCAAACGAAUAAACUAGAGAGUGUUAGAUGGUGGCAAGUGCUGAGGAGCAUAGAACAGCAAUGAGAGGCAGAGGUCUGGGGGCACCUGACACUGUGUGGGAAGGGCAGAGGAGGGACAUUUGAGCUUGGAACUGAAUGACAAGAGGGGCCCAGCCACGCAGAGAUGAGGGGAGCAUGUGAGGGCUUGGGCCUUGAGACAGGACACGCCUGGCUGUCUGGGGGACAGAGAGAGGGCCGUUAGCAGGGGCGGCGUGGGAGGAGGGGAGGGCAGGCAGGCCAGGGAAAGAAGAGGCGAGUUUUCCAAGUGUGCUGAGCUCUGUGCAGUGACUGGAAAUGGUGGGUGGGACAGGGACAUCCUCUCUCCCAGCCUUCAUUUCCCCUCCCGUGUGUGGUUUCCAUCAGCUCCGAGAUCUCUGCCUGGGUGAAGGCCUCCUCCGUGGGGCCGUGUUCGUGGUCAGAGCCGGGUGGCAGGACGAGGAAGGACUUCAGUGUUGAGGGGGAGAUGCCUCCAACCUCCAGCUUAAUUGUGGGGACCCUCAAAUGUGGGAGCCGAGCCUGGUGACCACCCCUGAACUGGUGUCUGCUGGACCGACGCCCAGGCUGUCGCUGUUGGCCUGGGGACAGGCUGCCCCAGGCCUCCAUUCCCCUGGCGUGCCUCCAGGAUCCCUGAAGCAGGGCGCCGUCCAUCUCUCCCUGCCUGCAGGAAGAGACAGCAGGAAGUGCUCCAGGGCGCUGAGGGCACAUGCAGUGCUGGCCCCGCUGCCUGUCCAGUUGUGCAGGCUGUUAGGCUGGGGCGUCCUUGGCAGCACCCUCUCCCUUGCUGCCCGUCCCCCUGGCACUGUUGUCUGCUGCCCCUCAGUCUGGGCCCCUUCCUCUCCACCCUCUUGCCUGUCUUGGCCCGUAGUUUCCUGUUGCUCUGGGGGUAAAGCUCAGACUCUGGGCUUGGCUCACGGGGCCCCGCCGGCCUUUCUACCUCGGCCCUCCUCUCGGCUCCCGUCUGGUCUGAUCUUUGCUCCAUCCACCGUGGUCUUCAUGCCGAGGGGCAUCCUCCAUGCAGCUCCCCGCUGCCCUCUCCUGUGGCCUCUUUACUCCUUGUGCUUGAGAGCUCAGUUCCUGUUCCCAGUUCCAAGGGCGGGUGCCCUCACCUCCCUACUUGGGCCCUCGCUUCUGAGCACAUGCCGUAGAGUUUUUUGUUGUUGUGCUUGAAGAUGAGCUUGAAGUCUCUCUUUCAUUCCUGCCUGUCGGCUCGGUGAGGGCCGCCCCCACAUCGGCUUUUGUUUAUUGCUGUGGCCCCUGGCAUGUAGCUGGCACUCUGCUUAUUUGUCAGCUGGAUUGAGAAUGGCUGCAUGCGUGAAUUUAAUUUUCACUAGAUUUCACCUGUGUCCACACCGCCCAGAACCCACCCCUGGAGCUGUUUCCAGCUUUUCCCCCUCAGAUCCUGGCCCUGCCCUAAGCCAGGGGGUCUGGAACCACACCCUGGCUACAUACGAGGGUUGGUGUCCACAACUGCCGGGCCCGGGGCCACCUCCUGUCCUGUGCUCCCGGGUCUGCCAAGCCUGGGGUCUGGGGCCCGGGCCUGUCUGCGGUCUGUCGAGGAGGGGAAGAGCUCCUUGAGAAGCAGGGUACCAAUUGGAAGAGUGAGCAGGCGAGCGCCCUGUCAAAGUAGAGUAUGUCCCAGUGGGCUUCCAGGGCGAUGACAAGUUUGGAAACCAGGUCGAAUUGCAGAGGAACCGUGGGACUGAGAAGGUGGGGUGAGGGCCCAGGAUCAGAUGACUGUGGAGCCUCUGCCCCUGAGCUGGAGGCCGCGGUUGCGCUGGGUGGUCCCUGGCUGAGCGGGCUGCCUUGGGUGCUGUGUCUCCCCUGCGGGCCGCCAGGCCUCUGCUCUCCGGGGGCCGGUGUCCUCUGCGCUUGCCAUGAAGCAGUCCCAGAGGGAGGCACUGUCAUCACCAUCUCUGUUUUACGGAUGACGAAAUGGUGGCUGACGCGUACUGAGAAGUGGCUUCUGCGCUGUCCUCUGAAGGUCGUGCUCAGUGAUAUCUGUGUGAACAGAGGCACUGGGACAAGAGCCGGGUCUAGCCGUGUCCUCCACCCGGUCGCAGAGGGCCUUCUGAGCCCCCACCCCUCCUUGGAGGCCUGUGGUCCCUUGAGCUUGGGUCCAGCCUUGUCAUGCCAGGGAGGUGGGAGGGAAUGAGGGGGUCUGAAAGACCGAAGCGUCGGCCACAGUGCUGUCUCCAAGCUCCUGGGUCAGGUUUUUCUGUGACCCCUUUUGCCCUUGUGGCUCAGGCCAGGAGACACUUGUGAUGGUCGAAGUUGCUUGGGCUCCUGCCUGGAGCCCCAAGGCUCUCGCCUCGGCCAUCCUGCACCCACCAGCAAGUGGAACUCUGAAAGUCAAGGCCAGAGUGGACCUGAGAGGUCAUCCUGUCCACUGCCUCUCAGACAUUUUAAAGCACUGAAGCUGUUGAGUUCAAAAUGCAGUGUUACGAGGAACCCCAAUACGUGUGACAGCUAAAAGCUGCUCUGACAGGCGGCCUGCAGACCCCACCUGCUGUGACCAGCUCCUGUCAUCCGGGGGUGCCUAAGCGUUUCCAGAAACCCACUUGGAAGAGCGCGGACACCCCCUCAUGGGGCACAGGAGAGGAGGGUCUCGGGGCAGGGUCUGUGCUGGGGUCAUGUGCUGUUGGAAGCAGCACGUGCCACCUCCACUCGUGCUCCGUGGGGGCCGGGGGUGGUGGCCCUUCCUGUCGCAUACAGGAGCUGCAGAACUCCUCCCCUGGGGAAGAGCUUGUGUUACGCAGUCACUCGAUCCCCGCCUGCUUCUGCGAUGCCCAGGGAAUGGUCGAAGUGAAACCCAAGAGCCCGAGCGGCCGGCCUGUGCCCUAGAUGGCUGUGCUGCCCAGGCAGGUGACCCCUCCGCAGAUCAAUCCAUGGCCCAUGCAGCCUCUGGAGUCUGGGAAGCAUUUCCCCCCAUGCAGACCAGACCCCGAGGCCCGACCCACAGCCUGAGGCGGCACACAGGACACCGUUGGCACAGGGAGGUGAGUGUCAGGCCCGCUGAGCCUCCGCACAGCAGCCAGCCAUGCCCGGGAUCGUGGUGUUCCGGCGGCGCUGGUCUGUGGGCAGCGAUGACCUCGUCCUGCCAGCUAUCUUCCUCUUCCUCCUGCACACCACCUGGUUUGUGAUCCUGUCUGUGGUGCUCUUCGGCCUGGUCUACAACCCGCACGAGGCCUGCUCCCUGAACCUGGUGGACCACGGCCGCGGCUACCUGGGCAUCCUGCUGAGCUGCAUGAUCGCCGAGAUGGCCAUCAUCUGGCUGAGCAUGCGCGGGGGCAUCCUCUACACGGAGCCCCGCGAAUCCAUGCAGUACGUGCUCUACGUGCGCCUGGCCAUCCUGGUGAUCGAGUUCAUCUAUGCCAUCGUGGGCAUCGUCUGGCUCACUCAGUAUUACACCUCCUGUAAUGACCUCACUGCCAAGAACGUCACCCUCGGGAUGGUCGUCUGCAACUGGGUGGUCAUCCUCAGCGUCUGCAUCACUGUCCUCUGUGUGUUCGACCCCACGGGCCGCACCUUCGUCAAGCUCAGAGCCACCAAGAGGAGGCAGCGCAACCUGCGGACCUACAACCUGCGGCACCGCUUAGAGGAGGGUCAGGCCACCAGCUGGUCACGCCGGCUCAAAGUGUUCCUCUGCUGCACCAGGACGAAGGACUCGCAGUCAGAUGCCUACUCGGAAAUCGCCUACCUCUUCGCUGAGUUUUUCCGAGACCUCGACAUCGUGCCGUCCGACAUCAUCGCCGGCCUGGUGCUGCUCCGGCAGCGGCAGAGGGCCAAGCGCAACGCCGUGCUGGACGAGGCCAACAAUGACAUCUUGGCCUUCCUGUCUGGGAUGCCCGUGACCAGAAACACCAAGUACCUCGACCUCAAGAACUCGCAAGAGAUGCUGCGCUACAAAGAGGUCUGCUACUAUAUGCUCUUCGCCCUGGCCGCCUACGGCUGGCCCAUGUACCUGAUGCGGAAGCCCGCCUGCGGCCUCUGCCAGCUGGCGCGGUCCUGCUCGUGCUGCCUGUGCCCCGCGCGGCCCCGGUUUGCCCCUGGAGUGACCAUCGAGGAGGACAACUGCUGUGGCUGCAAUGCCAUUGCCAUCCGGCGCCACUUCCUGGACGAGAACAUGACCGCAGUGGACAUCGUCUACACCUCCUGCCACGAUGCGGUCUACGAAACCCCCUUCUACGUGGCCGUGGACCAUGACAAGAAGAAGGUGGUGAUCAGCAUCCGGGGAACCCUGUCCCCCAAGGACGCCCUGACAGACCUGACCGGUGACGCCGAGCGCCUCCCUGUGGAGGGGCACCAUGGCACCUGGCUGGGACACAAGGGGAUGGUCCUCUCGGCUGAGUACAUCAAGAAGAAGCUGGAGCAGGAGAUGGUUCUGUCCCAGGCCUUCGGGCGAGACCUGGGCCGAGGAACCAAACACUACGGCCUGAUCGUGGUGGGCCACUCCCUGGGUGCAGGCACCGCUGCCAUCCUCUCCUUCCUCCUGCGUCCCCAGUACCCGACCCUCAAGUGCUUCGCCUACUCCCCACCAGGCGGCCUGCUGAGCGAGGACGCCAUGGAAUACUCCAAAGAAUUCGUGACCGCCGUGGUUCUGGGCAAAGACCUCGUCCCCAGGAUUGGCCUCUCCCAGCUGGAAGGCUUCCGCAGACAGCUCCUGGACGUCCUGCAGCGGAGCACCAAGCCCAAAUGGCGAAUCAUCGUGGGGGCCACCAAGUGCAUCCCCAAGUCGGAGCUGCCCGAGGAGGUGGAGGUGACCACCCUGGCCAGCACGCGGCUCUGGACACACCCCAGCGACCUGACCAUCGCCCUGUCGGCCAGCACCCCGCUCUACCCGCCCGGCCGCAUCAUCCACGUGGUCCACAACCACCCAGCGGAGCAGUGCUGCUGCUGCGAGCAGGAGGAGCCCACGUACUUCGCCAUCUGGGGUGACAACAAGGCCUUCAACGAGGUGAUCAUCUCGCCAGCCAUGCUGCAUGAGCACCUCCCCUACGUGGUCAUGGAGGGGCUCAACAAGGUGCUGGAGAACUACAACAAGGGGAAGACGGCCCUGCUCUCUGCUGCCAAGGUCAUGGUGAGCCCCACCGAGGUGGACCUGACGCCUGAGCUCAUUUUCCAGCAGCAGCCGCUGCCCACGGGGCCGCCCGUGCCCGCUGGCCUCGCCGUGGAGCUGCCCGCCGCGGAUCCCCGGAACAGCAGCGUCAGGAGCAAGUCCCAGUCUGAGAUGAGCCUGGAGGGCUUCUCGGAGGGGCGGCUGCUGUCCCCAGUGGCCGCGGCGGCAGCGGCCCGCCAGGACCCCGUGGAGCUGCUGCUGCUGUCCACGCAGGAGCGGCUGGCGGCGGAGCUGCAGGCGCGCCGGGCGCCGCUGGCCACCAUGGAGAGCCUCUCGGACACGGAGUCGCUGUACAGCUUCGACUCGCGCCGCUCCUCGGGCUUCCGCAGCAUCCGGGGCUCGCCCAGCCUGCACGCCGUGCUGGAGCGCGACGAGGGCCACCUCUUCUACAUCGACCCCGCCAUCCCCGAGGAGAACCCGUCCCUGAGCUCGCGCACCGAGCUGCUGGCAGCCGACAGCCUGUCUAAACACUCGCAGGACACCCAGCCCCUGGAGGCGGCCCUGGGCAGCGGGGGCGCUACCCCUGAGCGGCCCCCCAGUGCCGCAGCCCAUGAAGAGGAGGAAGAGGCAGGUGGCGGGGCGGCCCCCCGCGGAGAGCUGGCACUGCACAACGGGCGCCUGGGGGACUCGCCCAGCCCUCAGGUGCUGGAGUUCGCCGAGUUCAUCGACAGCCUCUUCAACCUGGACAGCAAGAGCAGCUCCUUCCAGGACCUCUACUGCAUGGUGGUGCCCGAGAGCCCCACCAGCGACUACGCUGAGGGCCCUAAGUCCCCCAGCCAGCAAGAGAUCCUGCUCCGUGCCCAGUUCGAGCCCAACCUGGUGCCCAAGCCCCCGAGGCUCUUCGCCGGCUCGGCCGACCCCUCCUCCGGCAUCUCACUCUCGCCCUCCUUCCCGCUCAGCUCCUCGGGCGAGCUCAUGGACCUGACGCCCACGGGCCUCAGCAGCCAGGAGUGCCUGGCAGUGGACAAGAUCCGGACUUCAACCCCCACCGGCCGUGGGGCCAGCCCCACCAAGCAGGAUGACUUGGUCAUCUCGGCACGCUAG